AUGGGGAAGCCGCCAAGCAUCAUCAUUGUCGUCAGACAUGGGGCUCGACUGGAUGCGGCUGAUAAACAGUGGCAUCUUACCUCGCCCACGCCAUACGACCCCCCUCUGACAUACGGCGGCUGGAAGCAGUCCCAGGCCCUUGGGGUCCGCAUUGGAUCCCUCCUACACUACCGCGAACUCUAUGGGUGUCUUCCUUCCACUUUAUCGUCCUCUGAUGCUUCGCAGGAGAGCAGCCAUCAUACUAUUCAAAGCCCGCCUAGCGCUGCCCUGCCAGAACAAGAGCGGCGGAAGCAUCGAAUCAUCAUCCACUCAUCUCCAUUUUUACGCUGUGUACAGACGGGAAUAUCACUCAGUGCGGGAAUCAGCCAGUCAAAGCGUGCAUCAGCGGACCCCUCACCUCACCAGCGACCUCAACCUGGAACCCCUCCUCCAUCGAGCCACCACCGCUGGCGUUCCUCUUCUCCACGGCCGCAACAUCAGGGUUCACCCCAGUUAACUGCUAUCCAGGAGCCUCAGGAGCUAGCUGGUGAAGCAAACUCCCAAAAGCCAAGGACAAACCUGUCGCAUGAGAAGCAAUGUUUGCUGCGCCUGGACGCUUGGCUGGGUGAAUGGCUUACCCCGGAUUAUUUCGAUCAAAUAACCCCGCCGCCAGGAUCUGUCAUGAUGCUGGCUGGUGCAAAGGCAAGCUUACUUCGGGAGGAGGACUCCCUGCCUUCCAGUGCAAGUACCCGGUCGGCACGUGGAAACUUCCCCGGAGGCUGGAACGGAUUCGCCUCUGCCAAUGCCGCUGAAGGGAAAGCCGAGAAUACUCCACCACCUGUGUCCGCGCAUGCCUUUGGGGGCAAGAUGGACACUCAAAGCUCUUCAACUGAUAGAACCGCCAGCAUUCAGGGCUUACCGAAGCUCUCGACUGUUUCUUCACAGCCACAUGAUGACACCGAAUAUAUCUCUCCAACGCCCACUUAUGCCAUUUCCCCCUCAGAUCCCAUACCCGCGGGGUAUGUAGCACAUGCGAGGGAUGCUUGUGUUGACGUGGACUAUCAAUGGGACAGCAUGAAGAGCCCUCUUGACUGGGGCAGCGGCGGGGAGUACGGAGAGGAGUGGAGUUCCAUGCAUCGCAGGUUCCGCGCCGGGCUCGAAAGAAUGAUGACCUGGUACAAGACUGCAGACUGCAACAAGAGUAAACGGAGGUUGUCCCACCGGGAGGAAUGCCAACUUGUAUCGAAUGAUCCGCCCGCCACAGCAGACACGACAGAAGAUGAUGACAGCGAUACAGUUCUCAUAAUUGUUACACACGGCGCCGGAUGCAAUGCCAUUAUUGGUGCCUUGACAAACCGGCCCGCCCUCCUGGAUGUUGGAAUGGCUUCCUUGACUCUCGCCACUCACAAGGGCUCUACGGCGGAUAACGUGGUGGCCGCCCAGCAAAUGCAAAGGAAGCCGAGUCCAAGUGAAGUAUCUGAAGAAUACCAAGUAAAGUUGGUAAACUCAACAGAUCACCUUCGCGUCAGCAAUAACAACUCGGCGCAGUCACCGUCCCCUAGGGGGUUUCCUAGCUCUAUAUCAUCGUAUAGGCACCGGUUUACAUCUUUAUCGUCUGUUCCAGACUCACCAGAUAAUGGAUUCUCUAUUGGACCGUCGCGCAGUUCUAGCUUCAAUGGCACCACCAGAGGGCUACACAAUCUGUCACGAUCGUUUUCUGUUGAUAAACACGCUGCUCCAGGUUUGUGGGGUUCUUCCUCCCCUGCCAACGUGCCUGUCGACGAUAUAAUGCCCGACUUCGAAGGAUCUGCUGUUCCAAGAGGGCUAUCAAAAAGCAUACCCAAGUUUGGUUUUAUGGCUGUGACUGACUCACGGCUGUAA